CAUAUAAAAUGUGCCAUAAAAAUAUGUCAAAUUUAAAAACUUAGUACCGUCACACUGAGAGUCUGAGACAGAUUAUAUAUCCCGCUUUAUUGUGUGUUUAUACAAUACGUGUGUUGUUAAAUCCUUUAGUUUAUAUGUUUUAGUGAAAAAGAUUUUUAUUCAAGACAUGGCUUCCUCAAGCAAAUUGCCCGGGACGGGCUUAGAAGAUGUAGGAGUUCCGGGACAAUCAUAUCUUCGAGAUGCUCUAACAAGUUGUACUGAUCCAUUGAAGGCAAUUGAAGAAUUUCAAUUAGAAAAUGGUAUUUUGUUACCUUCGUUGAGGCCUAUGUUACCCCUACUAGACCUUCAUGGGGUACGCCGGCUUGAUUUUCAUACAUCUGUGUUAGAAGAACUUCGAGACAAACUUAUUGCACACAUCAAUGAACUAGGUCCGAAAGAUGGUAAAGAACACGACAAAAAACUGAAAGAACUGCUAUCUAAAAGCUUCCCUGUCGUCCGAGUCAAGGCCCUCAGGCCGGUUAUUAUGAGUAUACUUAAAAACACACCACACAUAGACGACAAAUACCUAAGAGUUUUAGUGAAAGAUCGUGAGUUGUACAAUGACACUGAUACUGAGGUCAAGCGACAGAUCUGGCAAGAUAACCAGUCACUGUUCGGUGAUGAAGUGUCACCAUUACUCAGUCAGUACAUCAGAGAAAAAGAACAUGUUUUAUUUGACCAUGAAAAUUUGACAAACUUAUUCUUUUCUCCGUCACCUAAGGUGAGGAGACAAGGUACCGUUGUUCAGAAGCUUGCUCACAUGAUUGGCAACAGCAUCAAAUUAUAUGAUAUGGUGUUACAAUUUCUUCGCACAUUGUUUUUGAGGACUAGAAAUGUACAUUACUGUACUCUGCGAGCGGAGCUGUUGAUGGCUUUACAUGACUUGGAAAUACAGGACAUAAUCUCAAUUGACCCUUGUCAUAAGUUCACUUGGUGCCUGGAUGCAUGUAUUAGGGAGAGAAAUGUAGACAUUAAGAGGUCAAGAGAGCUACAAGGGUUUUUGGACAGUAUUAAAAGAGGACAGGAACAGGUUUUAGGAGAUCUAUCUAUGACACUAUGUGACCCAUAUGCCAUAAACUUCUUAGCAACUUCAGCUAUAAAGAUAUUACAACAUUUAAUAAACACAGAAGGUCUUCCAAGAGAUAACACCAUUUUAAUACUUUUGCUUAGAAUGUUAGCUCUAGGCUUGAGUGCCUGGAUUAUGAUUGAUUCUCAAGAGUUCAAGGAGCCGAAACUUGAUAGCCAAGUUGUCACCAAAUAUUUGCCAGCACUGAUGUCCUUGAUGGUUGAUGACCAAGUCAGAGCUCUACACAACAAACUGCCCCCAGAUGAAAGAGAAUCUGCUAUUACUACCAUAGAGCAUUCCGGACCACCUCCAGAUGCAUGUGAAGCUUAUAUGAGAGAAAGUUCUGUCUGUGGUGUGUUAGCAAUGUACUACACACUACAUGCAGCCAAGUUAAGAGAUAGAGGAGCUCUAUUAAGAAUUUUGAGUAUUCUAGGCAGUUGUAAAGAUGGUAGGGCUUAUGAAGAUCCAUUCCUACAUGCUUUGGUAGCCCUACUGGUUCAAUUACCUGAUGAAUUCCAAGGGGAAGACUUCAGCACUGUCCUGUUUGACGAGUUCUUUUUCGCUGGCUUAUCUAAAGAUAAUGUAACAAGACAUUUACUUAAAUUCUUGUGGUACAUACAUCCUAAGUUGCCUGAGACGAGAGUACAAACUCUGAUGAAAGCUCUCCAGCCUGGCACACAACAUAAUGAAUCUGUUCAUAAGUUGUAUGAGACCUUACAACAAAAGAUGACUACACAAGCUGAGCCAGUACCAAGUACAAGUGAAAUGGAAUAUUUGGAUUCUCCGCUUAUGAGUGUUCCUACACCAGCGCCUUAUCAUAUUUAGUUAAAGAUUAUGUAAUAUUCUUUAUUCAUAAUAAAUCGGUUUACUUAUAAUUAGGACUAAA